CGGCGGGUGUUCGCAUCGAUCACGAGCGCGUAGCGAUUGCUUCUGUCUGUUGUUUAGGUAUGGCGCCGGCGACGAAGCUGAGAGGCGGCGGGAACCCGGGUGGGAGUCUCGCUCUGUGCUGACCGCGACCCCGGGGUCGAGUGGGCUAUGGGGGAGCCCGGCUCGUUGGUCACAGGAGACCGCGCCGGUGGCCGGAGUUGGUGCUUGCGGCGAGUGGGCAUGAACGCUGAGUGGCUGCUGCUGGAGGACGGAAGCGAGGUGACUAUAGGGCGAGGAUUUGGUGUCACGUACCAACUGGUAUCAAAAAUCUGCCCUCUGAUGAUUUCCCGAAACCACUGUGUUUUGAAGCAGAAUGUCGAGGGCCAGUGGACAAUUAUGGACAACAAGAGUCUCAAUGGCGUUUGGCUGAACAGACAACGCCUGGAGCCUUUUAAGUUCUGUUCUAUCCAUAAGGGAGACCACAUUCAGCUUGGGGUACCUCUGGAAAAUAAGGAGAAUGCAGAGUAUGAAUAUGAAGUUACUGAAGAAGACUGGGAGAGGAUGUAUCCUUGUCUUGCUCCAAAGAACGACCAGAUGAUAGGAAAACAUAAGGGAUUGAGAACUAAAAGGAAAUUGAGUUUGGAAGAAUUAGAGGGUCCUGGAGCUGAAGGCCCCUCAAAUUUGAAAUCCAAAAUAAGUAAAGUAUCUUGUGAAUCUGGUCAACCAGUGAAGUCUCAUGGGAAAGAUGAAGUGGCCAUUCAACCCAGUCAACUCUCUGAACAUUUGGAUCCCAAGUUGACUUCUCUUGAGCCAAGUGAGAAGGCCACAGAGGCUCUUGUUUACCCUGGCUCCACAAAAGUCAUAGAACUUCAUCAUAAGAAGCAGAAAGCCUCAAGCCCUUUAGCAUCUCAUAGCAGCUUAGAACUGUUCAAGGUGACUAUGUCCAGGAUUCUGAAGCUGAAAACACAAAUGCAGGAAAAACAGGUAGCUGUACUGAAGGUGAAAAAACAGACCCAGAAAGGGAACUCAAAGAAAAUCGUGAAGAUGGAGCAGGAGCUGCAGGACUUACAGUCCCAGCUGUGUGCAGAGCAGGCCCAGCAACAGGCCAGAGUGGAGCAGCUAGAGAAGACUUUCCAGGAAGAGGAACAGCAUCUCCAGGGUUUGGAGAAGGAACAAGGAGAAGAGGACCUGAAGCAACAGCUGGCCCAGGCUCUACAGGAGCAUCGGGCUCUAAUGGAAGAGCUAAACCGCAGCAAGAAGGACUUUGAAGCAAUCAUUCAAGCUAAGAACAAAGAAUUGGAACAGACCAAGGAGGAGAAAGAGAAGGUGCAAGCACAGAAGGAGGAAGUUCUAAGCCACGUGAAUGAUGUGCUGGAGAAUGAGCUCCAGUGUAUCAUUUGCUCUGAAUACUUCAUUGAGGCUGUCACCUUGAACUGUGCCCACAGUUUCUGCUCCUACUGUAUCAAUGAAUGGAUGAAGCGAAAGGCAGAAUGCCCCAUUUGUCGGAAGGACAUCAAGUCCAAAUCCCACUCCCUGGUUCUGGACAAUUGCAUUAAUAAGAUGGUAGAUAAUCUGAGCUCAGAAGUGAAAGAACGACGAAUUGUCCUCAUUAGGGAACGAAAAGCUCUUCAAGAGAUGUCAGCCACUGUGAGUAGAGCCAGGAAUCUGACACGGAUGUGCAGGCAGCUGUGGUGUGAAACUGGGCCUCAGCUGGUCAGCCCGAAUGGAGGCAGCAAGCCUGUUGCAGAGCCGGGCAAAGCCGGUGCUGAGCAGGAACAAAGAGACUGUCCUGAAGACCAUGCUCCAGGGGCAUCGGAAGGACUGCCAGGCAAGGGGAGCUUGGAGCUUGGGAUGGUCUGGAGGAUUCUCUGCGGACAGGUCUUGCUUGGGCCGCUCUGAGAUAGAGCAUGGGAUGGAGCCACGUGGGACAGAGACUGAGUUAGGAAGUCCUCAUGAGCCUCCAUGUCGGCCAGCCUUACUGCCACCAUUGUCUGAAG